GACGCCCUCUUCCUCCUUCUAACCACAUCAUCACUACCAAUCCCUACAAAAUCUUCAAACAUGGAUGACGCCUGGCAAUCCGAUAUGGCACCGACCAACACGGGGAUAUCCAUUCCUUCUCAAGACCCUGCAUUGAGCGCAACCGAUGAAGGUGGGUACCGUGAACAGAGGAGGUCGAGCCGGAGCCGGAGCCCGGGCGCUAAGAAUGGUGACAGAGGCCGUUCUGGUGGAGGUCAUAAUCCCGGGAACAACCUCCACGUCUCAGGGUUGAGUCGCAAGGUAGAUGCUCGUGACCUCGAAGCUGCUUUUGCGAAAAUUGGAAGGGUUCAAAAGGCUUCCGUGAUGCUUGACCCGCAUACCCGUGAUUCUCGUGGAUUCGGGUUUGUCACAAUGGAGACCGCUGAAGAGGCUGAUGCUGCUGUCACUGCAUUGAACGGAACAGACUUUAUGGGGAAGAACCUCGUCAUUGAAAAGGCUCGUCGUGGUCGUGCUAGGACCCCAACACCUGGAAAAUACUAUGGACCGCCCAAGCGCGGUGGCGGCUCUGGAUAUGAACGCCCAUACGAUCCCAGGCCUUACGAUAGUCGCUAUGCCCGCGACCAUGAUGACCGCAGGGGUGGUCCUCGUGGAGGUCGUGACUACGACCGUGGAUAUCGUGACCGCGACCAUGACCGUGGCAGAGACUACGAUCGUGGUGGACGUGGUGACUCUGACCGUGGUGCUGACCGUGGUGGCGGUGGUGCUGACCGCGGUGGUGUUGAGCGUGGUGGUGGUGAUCGUGCAAGGUAUGAUGACCGGCGGUACUGAUAUUUCAUUCCUUCUUCUGUUAUGUAUAUCGCAUCUAUAGGUUCUCAUGUACAUGUGCUCUUGGAAUGUCUUUUAUCACGCGACGUACCGUACUUUGCCCAUAAGACCACAACUGAAAUCGGCACUUGCCGAGCA